AUGAUGGCCGCGGCAACAAGCAACGUGGCGCCGCCUCCGCCCCCGACGCCGCAGCCGGCAACACGCCCAGAGGUUGGAACUCCGGGCACCGCUACCGCUGCCGCCGCGGCGAGCGCGAAGCCGGGGCUGACGAUGGACCACGGGGGCCCCCAGGACCACCACCGGCACUGGCACGAGCGAUCGUUCUCGGCCGUCGUGGACGACGCCCUCGCGGCCCUGUCGGGCGCGUCGCCCCGCGGGAGCGGCUGCUCCACCGCCGACGUGUCGCUGGACUCUUCGCUGUCUCCUUCGUCGCCGUCGCCGCCGCCGCCGCCACCACCACCACCACCACCGCCCGCUGUUGGCGGCCUGGCGGAGGCGCAGUACGGACAGGGGGGGAGGGAGGAGGAGAAGAUGGCGACGACGACGGGGUCGGGGAGAAACGACGCCGACUCUCUCCGCGAGCAGCUCACGAACGACCCCCUCCAACCGAACGCGCAGCCUCCUCUCGACCUCAACUUUCACAACAACAACAUCAACAACAACGGCGGUGACAGCAGCAUCGCCGACGACAACGAUAACAACGACAGCAGCGCCAAGGGCAAGAACAUCCUGCCCCCUCCUCGCGCCAGCGGCGGCGGCGGGGGAGUCGGCGACGCAGACGCUGCCGGACCGGUCGCCUCGACCUCAACCGGCGUCGACCUGCCGCCGCCGCAAACGCCCCCGCCGUGUUCGAAGGCAAGGGCUAAGUCCAAGGUCAAGACCAAGCACGACCACUUCGACGACGGAGGUUGUGACAGUCAUUCGGCACCGCCACCGCCACCGCCACCGCCCGCCGCUGCCGCCGCCCCCGCCUCCGGCGGCAAGAAGAAGAAGAAGAAGCUCAGGGAGAUUUUUCACAGGAGGCUAGUCAGAGGAGUGCGGUCGUACCUGAGGGACGGAGAGGUGUACUUCAAGCUGUGCGAGCCGGAGAACAUCGGCCGGACAGGUGGCCGCAGCGGCGGCGAGGCUUCUAACGCGGCGGCGGCGGCGGCGGCGGCGGCGGCGGGCGUGAUCGGGGACGGGCCCGCGGCCACCGGUCGGGUCGUUCCGAAGAGAGGAGGCCCUCGCGAGAAAAGGGCGCGAGCUCUAGCUCUUUCCGCGGCAGGGCUUGCCGAGUAG